ACAUGGCAAAUGGAACGCGGCCCAAACCCCCUUUUCUAUAGUUUGCGCCGGGGAGAAGAAAACCCCGAAAUGGAGUGGGCUAUAGCCGCCGCGAACAAGGCGGCGAGCAGCAACACGGUGGUGAACGCAUUCCUAUUGAGCAUUUUCGGAGCGCUGAGUGCAAGGUCGUUCAAGCAGCAGAGGAAUAUCGAGGCGUUGGAGGCGGAGAAGAACUCUCUGGUUGAAUCCAACAAGAGCAUGAGGAAGACGAUGUGGGACUGGAAGCAACAGCUCUACGCGGAGGCCGAGUCUCUUUCCUCUCAUGCGCUCGUUCCCCUCUCCAAGCUCAAAGCCAUCUAUGGCGAUCAGGAAUCCGCCUCUCCCCCUCUCGCCCGUUCUUCCAAUGGAAAUUCCGAGGGAAGUGGAAAAACACCAGGUUCAAGAUUUAUAAUCUGAAGACUGCAGAGUGCCUCCUCCCUCAUGAAGAUGUAAAGAACAGAAUUAUUACAGACUUAAAACCCAGAAGAAAAAAACACAUGACCAUCAUCGUUGUGAUAUCAUGUUUUUUUUAAUGUUCAGCUGGUUAAACUCGGAGGAGGUCGAGGUCUCACUCCUUAACAUCAAUAACAUGUGCAUUUGGUGGCGAGUCUUUUUGGCCUUUUGGUCACACCUAAAGGGAAGUAUUGUAUGUAUAUGUAUUGUGUGUGGGGUGGAAUUCAAAUUGCGUAACGAUGAAGGAAAUGAGAAUGGAUAUAGUUGCAUUUUGGAAAACCCCCAAAUUCACUCCAUUUGUGUUUCCCUCUUUUGUUGAAUUUCUAUAUUCAUCUUUAAUGCACUGUGGGAGUUUGAGUACUAAUGUACUAUGAUGAAUUGAUGAUAUGUCUUACAUUACAUUCUGACCUU